AAUUUUCUGAAAGUAUUGAAAAUUUUUCUUAAAAUCUUCUGCUUCUUAUGACAGCGCCAUCUCACCAUUGGAUCAUACAUUAUUAUCAGAGUGGGAAUUGUAUGCACUGAGAUAAUUGCAAUAUUUAUAUUCAUGUAGUUUUUCGCCGGUCGAUUAAAAACAAAAUAUAUUUGCGAUAUUUGCGAAAUUGGUUGGUAACUGCUGGUAUUUUUUUUAUGAAAAGAAGUCAUUUUUAAAUAUAUAGCAGUUUGUAAAAUAUAAUAAUCUAAAUGCAGCAGUUGGACGGAAAGCUUACUCGUUAUGAGAAAAUUUCAUUUCUCGGCGAGGGUCAGUUUGCCACAGUAUAUAAGGCGCGAGAUGUGCUCACCGAUCAGAUUGUCGCAGUAAAAAAGAUAAAAAUAGGAAGUAGGGAAGAGGCCCAGGAUGGCAUAAAUCGCACUGCUUUGCGUGAAAUUAAGUUAUUACAUGAGCUGCAACAUGAAAACGUUAUUGGUUUAGUAGACGUUUUUGGUCAUAAAUCAAAUGUGUCCUUAGUCUUCGACUUUAUGGAUACCGAUUUGGAAAUUAUCAUUAAAGAUCCUAAAAUUAUACUCACACAGGCAAACAUAAAAGCCUACAUGGUUAUGACAUUGCGUGGCUUAGAAUAUUUGCAUAUGAACUGGAUUCUGCAUCGAGAUUUGAAACCCAACAAUUUAUUGGUUAAUUCAGACGGUGUACUUAAAAUCGGUGAUUUUGGUUUAGCCAAAUUCUUUGGCUCCCCUAAUCGAAUAUACACACAUCAAGUAGUGACAAGGUGGUACCGAGCACCUGAACUGUUAUUUGGCGCGCGCCAGUAUAGCACUGGAAUAGAUAUUUGGGCUGUAGGCUGCAUACUUGCUGAAUUGCUUUUACGAGUCCCCUUUCUACCAGGCGACUCGGACCUUGACCAGCUCACAAAGAUUUUCCAAGCUCUUGGCACACCUACUGAAGAGACUUGGCCGAAUCUAAAUAAAUUACCUGAUUAUAUGCAAUUUAAACAGUUUCCUGCAAUUCCAUUACAACAUAUAUUCACAGCUGCGCCCGAUGAUCUCAUCGUAUUGGCGGAAAAGUUAUUAGCACUUAAUCCAGCACAACGUUGCACGUGUACAGAAGCAUUGUGUAUGAAAUACUUUUCCAAUAAACCAGCCCCAUCUAUGGGACACAAACUACCAAUGCCCUCAGGUAACAAGCAGGCAGUCGAGGAGAGACCAAAUCUCAAACGGAAACUGAUUGAUGCCUUAGAAGGUGGCACAGUGCCAAAGAAGCUUUUUUGAUUAAACUCACAAAAUGUUAUUAAUGGUAAUAUUUUUAUAAUAAUUCGUAUGCAUGAAUUGUUAGUUUUUUCUAUUGUUUAUUUCCUAUAAUUUCACACUUUAAUAUGUACAUAACAUAUAUAAGCCAGAAAAAAACACAAUUCAGUAUAUGUAAAAAUACAAUAUUCUUUAUUAAAAACAAUGUUCAACAUUAAUCAUCAAUGUUCAAAACUUAAAGCGCCUUAAAAAUACAUAUUGAAUAGAAUAGUACAACUAUAAUAGCGGAGCGCAUGCUUCCCUACGUCCCCACGAUACUCAGUGUUGUGAGUAUGUGUACUACUGCUCUACUAAAGAUCAGUUGCAUAUUGAAAAGCAUUUAGCGCUGAAUGCAUGUAUGUAUGUGUGUAUAUGAGUAAAUCUACUAUAAUCACUAUCUUACAUACGAACAUAAGUACACUUGCUAGUUUGGUAUAGGAAUUGGACGUCAAUGAACACUGACAUUCUAAUUAAAGCGAGCAGGCAAGAUUUAAGACUACUCGUAAGAUAUUUUGGCUUUGUAUAAAAAAGUUGUAAUUAAUCACAAUUCUUUUUAUGUUUAGGUAACAAUUCUCUACGGAUAAUUUCAAUUCUCAUUGGUCCAAACAUUCCAGUUUAUUUGUUUAGAAAGAGUUACUUCAAUGAAAUAUUGAUUAUUAUAUUAAGGCAAAACUUGACAAUUUUCUUUUAUUAGCCGUUAACUUGAAACUUAUAAUAAUACAAAUAAAUAUUUUGUUUAACUAAAGAUUUAACAUUUGUGGCUUAUAUAAUUUGAAUUUUACAUUAUUUCUACUGCGCAUUCAACUUCACAUAUUUUCAAAUAGUUUAAAAGCCAAUCAUAUUUGUAUGCCUCUUCUAAAUAUCUUAUCUUUUGAAAACGGUUUAGAAAAGUAUUUUCUAAUAUUUUUAGUCAUAAUCUAUAAAAAUGAAUUUAGUAGUUCACACUCGAUAACCUUUAGCACUUAGCACAUUGGAAGAUUUACAUGUCAAAUAAGAACUCUUUGAUUUAGCUUUAUUCCUAAUGCAACGGAGCGAAAAGGAACUCGAGUGUAUUAGUGUGACAAAUAAUCUUAAAUUUAUUAAACUUGUUUGUGAAAAAGUCAAAAAAUUAUAGUUUUAUAAUAAACAAGUUAAAAUUAUUUGAAUUAAGAAAAUAAAUUUAAAUUCUUGUGAAAUGCUAUUCUGCUUAUUGUAACGGUACUUCGUUUCGCCAUGUAAGAGGUAUAAGAUAACAUAAUUGAUUAAUAUUUGUAUGUAAAUAAAAAGUUGUUUGUUACUAAAAAUAUAUCUUAAAACUGUUAAGCCUCAUUCACUCUAACAACGGUUCUCGUCAUCGUCCCAACAUAUCCUCACUUUGAUUCUAAAUUGCAGAACACCAAUCAGAGAACUUCAUCACAUCCGCAUCAUUUGGUGUUAUAUUGUUUUCUAUUUCGAUUUCGGAAAUAAUUGACUGACACUAGUAAUGGUAAUAUUAGAGACAUAUGCAAAAAAAUGCAAUUGUUUUAUGGAAAUAUUAAGAAUAUUAAGAAUAUGAAGGGUUUAAUGCAUUGUUAUAAUCAGCAAACUUUCUACGUGAAAAAGAAAUAGCUAAUUUUUUAUGAAGAAAAACUCAAAAUCGCUUCUCUUUAUUUUUGAAUAUUUUCAUAAGAUUUCCCUUGUUUAUUAACAUCUCUUAUUAAAUAAGCAAUAUAGAAAAUGUAUUGUAUAAACAAAUUAAGUAUUUAAAUAACGUAUGCACUGGAGUUCUUAAAUAAUAAAAAAAAAUAAGAUUUUUUUUUGGUUUACUCAAAGUACAAGUUUAGAACCAAGAUCAUGUCAAUAUAAUUGAAACUCUGAUGCUUCUGCAAGAAUAUGUUAACAAUUUAGGAUUUUAUACAGUUUUGUUGUUAUUAUCACUUUGAUGAUUCAUAAAAGUAUAAGUAUCGUGGCCUCCCAACUGACGAGUGUAUACAAGCAACAAAAUCUCUAUGGUUAUUUAUGAUUAUUUUAUAAACGAUAAUACAUUUUUGUGAAACUUUGUGUUUUGAGUCGGUUUUUGAGAUGAGAUUCUUUUUAACAUAUAUUUACGCGCUAAUAUAAUUGUAAAAAUUUCCAACAUUUUCAUAAUUUGAGAGAUAAGAGGGAUUCCCUGCAGAUCGAUCUGCAGACUAAGCCAUACAAGCACUCUUUAUUA